UUAUGGCGGCUAGCUGAUAAUCAGUAGAUCAUAAAUUAAAUGCCAGUUUAAUAUAAGUAUCCCAAAGUUCUAUAAAGUGUCCAAAUUGUCCGUAAGGGUUGCAAACAAAAGGGCGGCAAUUGCAAAAAAAUCGCCCUCUCCCCCUGAGUGCAGCGAAGCCUUGAGGCCGAGAAGUGGGAGGCGGGACUAGAAGUGGGGGUAGGCUUAAACAUUCCGCGCUGAUUUGCUCGUCAAUUUUGACGUUUAAAAGUAUCUAGAUAAAAAUCAUUAGAUUAAAUCCCCAGUCAAGAUACUAAUUUAUAUAAAUGAGUGAGUUGUCCACCACCUAGCCCUCUUUGUUACUAAAUAAUAACAAUAAUAACAAUAGCGGGAGGAAAGGAGGGGAUCGAAGCUUAUCAGAGCAUAUGAUGCGCUCGACAUUAAACUUUAGUACCCAGAGUGUCUUGUCAGUGAAUUCUUGAAGUUAUUAAAUUAAUGAACCAGAGGCGUUUAUUCCUUUCUUAAUCAUCAGCAAUGGGAAAACUACCGGCAUUAGCACUGCUGGUCCUUCUGAUUAGCGCCAGCUAUCCUGAAGCACAAGCUUUCAGUUUUGGAAACAUCUUCAAUAUCGGUUCGAUAGUGAAAAAUAUUAUUGGGACUGUAGCAGACAUUGUUGGGGUGUUUGUACCCCAGAAACUGGCGCCAGAUCACUCUAAGGAGUACAGACAGUUUGAAAAUGAUCUUCUGGGGCAAAAUAAAAAGCUGAAAGAAAUUUACGAAAAAGUUGAUGACUCUAAAGAUCGAACGAUGGAGUUGGAAAAGAAACUUAAAACGACCGCUGAUAACUUAAAAAAAAUGACAAUUGGAGCACAAACUCGUGAAAUUCAAGUUCUGGAUAUGAUGAACCGAAUUGACGAUGUUAUCAAGAAGACAAAUAUUCUUACGUAUUCCGUAACAGAUGUGCUGACUCUCCAAAUUAACGACACUGUUCGUAAGCUAGGAACAAUGGCGGAUCUCGACAGUAAUAUGGAAGCCCUGCACAAAGACAUUGUAGAAAUUAGCGACAGUUUUGAGACCCUGGUGAAGCGCACAACGAAAAGGGAGAGUAUGAGUGAAAGGAGUUUCCAAGACUUUCUUAAGUCGAUUGUUUCCUACAAGAACCGUCAGCCCAGAGAUAUUAUGCAAAAUAUAUGGGCGUUAUUCCAGAAAUCAGCCAUUACUGAUGAUCUGCCAUCAACAUUUGUCAGUUACGUUAAACAACAAAGUUUUGAAGAGAAAUGCGACAAAGACUCGACGUUUCAAGAUAAGCUCAAGGGUAUCUAUAACUUGGUGAUGAUUACUGAAUUUCGGCAUUUUCUCAUGCAGGUUGUGUCUUACAAGUACAUAUCCAUUAUAGACCCAGUAAAAAACGGUAACAUAAGAAAUGAUGUCAACAAGUUUGUGGAGAAAUUAAUCCAUAAAUCUCAAGACUACAUCAGGAUUAUGAAAGAAGCCUUCGCAAAAAUACCUACUGAUAUCAUGCGCUGCGACCCUGCUGUUCACUUAAAAGAUGACAACAACUUUGAACUCAACAACCUCUUUGGAGCCUACUAUAUAAACGUCGCUCAACUCGACAUUCGGUGCGACGCUACUUGCGACCAGAUUAACGUAAAAAGAGAUCUAGAGUGCGUUUCUGUUCCCGAAAGCCAAUCCGGUGAUGUAGUUCCUUAUUACUGUCCUCAAUUCCAGUGCAAAGGAAGGCUCCACUCCUGCAAAAAAGCCAACAGCUACAGUUUCUGCGAAUCUCAAAUUCCAAAUGAGCAGCGCUACAGAUGGAUCACAGAAAAUCCUUCCAAAUCGAUGAUCAGCAGCUGCGACGGCAACUACAUUAACACGAUGACCCAAGCCAGAUGCGACAGUUGCAUGUGUCUGUGCUCCGAAGAGGGAGCUGAGUCUGACGCGACCAGGACCGUUAGUUUGCUUCCCCAGAUGUCUGAUUACAAAAACAACAUGGUCGUUACCAACGUUCGCUUCCAGAAGAGGGACAAUGUCGUCCAUAUUCAAAUCGAGGAAGGAGAGUUGCUUCCAGAAGGCAGAAUCAAGCACGGUAGUCAGCGCUGGGUCCCACUUAAGAAGUUUGUUUACUCACGAAACACUCCUGAGGGCUCUUUCUCAAUUGUUGACGGCAACGACCUGCUUCCACUGAUUCCUAAUGACAACUUCACCUUCCUAAGCCACGACAAUCGCAGGCUGAUGCUUCAUGACAUUAAAGUAGACACUGAUAAAGUAGUAACAGGCGUCAGGUUCUUCCUCAAAAAAGACAACAGUAUAGACCCCAGUAAGCUUAUCAUUAUGGUCCACGCAACCAAAUUCGACUAUUUCACAGGCGAGGUCCGCCACGAAAAGCCUAAUGCUCAUAAAUGGUACGACUAUGAAGAAAGUCGCUGUACUUAUUGCACCGUACCUUCUUUAACGGAGGCAAAUCUAAAUGGUCGCGGAAAUCCUAUGGGCUCGUUGAGAAAUGUUGAUGUUUCUGGAGCGAACCAGUUCCUAAUGUUCAGAGCGUCUGGAAAUGACAACCCUGAUCACAUGACGAUUCCCUUCUUUGACUCAAGGCCUGCUGGAAUCGCGAGUCACACUGCUUUAAGUGGAAUCGGAAUAUUACAUCGCAGCAGCAGAGGCUACGGAGGAUUCCUUGCGCCUAAACUUUUGGGUAUAGAUCACUCGUUUGCAAUGACCUACGAGCUAAGCUACGAAAAAAUAGAAAGCUACAAGUGGCAUUGAAACAUUUAUCGUAUGUAAGAUCAUUAUUUUGUAGCUUUGGACGGUUUUUCAAUAAAAAAAUAAUUAUAUCAAUA